AUGGCCCUGCCGAGGAGCCUGGGCUGCCUGGUGCUGGGCCUGGAGCUCGAGGGGAGCCUGCGUCCGGACAGCCCUUUCGGGCCAAGGAGAGGCCGCCUGGGCAGGGGCAGCAGGAGCCGGGCUGGCUCGCACGGGCUCCCGGGCACAGACCAGGAGGAGCUGCUGACCGAGGCGCCCUGUUGGCCCUUCUCUGGUGACCCUGGGACGAGUGGCCACGUGGGACCAAAGGCGAAAGCAGCUGCGUCCCCAGUGGCCCCGCUGUCUCUGGGGGCCGUGCAGAGCUCUCUGACUGACUGCCAGGAGCACUGGAGACCGUCAGGCGCCAGACCCUUGACCCCACGAGACGUGUAUCGAACGAGGACGUUCACGUGCGACGCCGUCUGCAGGCGGCACGGUGCCUACCGCCCUGCCGCCUCGAGGCGUGGACUGAAACGACUCCAGCACGCACACCAGUGUCUCAGCAGCGCGUGGACGCGGGCCAGGCUCCAGCUCUGGGGUGCCCGGUGCUACCGCCAGUUCUGA